GUUGCUGCCUGUCUGCAGUGCGGUUGAACGCUGCGAGGAUGAGCGGCGCCGCUUCGGUUGUUGGCGGUGGCGACAAGCGCAAGAAGAUCGAGGAGGAGGAGGAGUCGGCACUCGGGCUUCAGGGUCACGGUCAACCGCCGACUAAAAAGCCGAGAAACAAGAAAGGCAAGGGCGACCGCUACGUGCCCCCUCCCGGGAAGAAGAAUCUGGGCAUCAGCUUCGGGCAUCAGCAUUUCAACGAGACCCAGUAUUACUUUGAGAACGGAUUGAGGAAGGUCUUUCCAUACUACUUUGAUUUCCAGACAUACUGUAAAGGCCGCUGGGUUGGAAAGACAUUGCGGGAAGUGUUCAGCUCUGAGUUCCGCAUUGAACCAAUCGAGUAUUACAGCCAGGCUGCCAAAGCUGGCCGAAUCCGUCUUAAUGAGGAACCUGCAGACCUUAAUACAGUCUUAAAGAACAAUGAUUUCAUGAGGAACACAGUGCACAGGCAUGAGCCUCCUGUUACUGAUCAGCCAUUAACGAUACUGACCCAGAACCAGGAAGUCGUGGUGGUGGAUAAACCGGCUUCCAUUCCUGUGCACCCCUGUGGCCGGUUCCGACAUAACACUGUCAUCUUUAUACUGGGAAAAGAGCAUGGCCUGACAGAGCUGCACACUAUUCACCGUCUGGACAGGCUCGCCUCUGGGGUCCUCAUGUUCGCCAAGACAGUCGAGGUCUCAAAGAAAAUGGACCAGCAAGUCCGAGAGAGACAGGUGCAGAAGGAAUAUGUGUGUCGAGUGCAGGGCGAGUUUCCAGAUGGUGAAAUUACCUGCGAGGAACCCAUCCUCACCAUCUCCUACAAGGUCGGUGUGUGCCGAGUGCACCCCAAGGGGAAACCGUGCAAGACCGUUUUCCAGAAACUGAGCUACAACGGUGUGUCCAGUGUAGUGCACUGCUCCCCUUACACUGGACGCACCCACCAGAUCCGGGUCCACCUCCAGUACCUGGGUCAUCCCAUUGUGAAUGAUCCCGUCUAUAAUACCGAGGCCUGGGGACCUAAUAGGGGUAGAGGGGGGACACUAGACAAAACGGACGAUGAGCUGCUGAAGACGUUGGUGGACGAUCACCGGUUGAAAGAGAGCCUAGAUCUCUUGGAAGUGGAUCACCAUUGCACUGGUGAGGAUGACCACAAAGGGGGCACCAACUUCACACCACCCCAUGUGGGCCAAACUGAGCCUUCUGCAGACAAGAAGAGCAACGGGGCUGAGGAGGGAACGGGGAAGGCUAGCGACGACAACUCUUUGGAGCCCACAGCCAGUGAGCGCGAAGUGAAGUCUGUGCCUGUGAAGGACAAUCUGUGCGGCGAGUGCAAGCUGCUGAGGAAGGACCCAUCUGCGAAAGACCUGAUCAUGUACCUGCAUGCCCUGAAGUACAAGGGACUGGACUGGGAGUACAGCUCACUGCUGCCCAACUGGGCUGCAGCUGACUGGCAAGAGGACUGAGGUACACACCACAAGCCCAGUGUGUGUGUGUAAAGCCUGUCCAGGCCUGAACAUUCAGUAACUGAGGUGGAUGUCUGGGGGAGAGAGAGAAAUGGCCCCUCAUAUUAAUGCAGGGGUUUGUGAAAAGUACAGUCGUCUCCUGAGAGAGAAACCACCAGGCUGUAUAUUUAUGACUGUGCAACUGAAGUUAGACAUGCAAACACUGUCUGCUCUCAGUCUGAGUGACAUUUUAUGGAUCAGAUGAUUCCCUUCCGUUGAGAUGCCACUGGGAUACUGCACUUUCCUUUUGUACUUGAAUAAAAGUUUAAAUCACAGUUUAGAACAGCGAAGUCCCGAGCUCCUACUUGUACAGGAAUUAUCAUUGUGAGCACUGGAUGGGACGAGAGCUGUGAUGCACUCAGCAAUUGAAUACCCUACCUACUGGACCUAAUCUUGAAGAACAGUGGGCCUGUGAAUAAGGGUGGGUGGGCCAGUAUCCACAGACAAGUGUAGUUAUUGAGUACUGACCCUGAUCAUUUCUUCUCCUGUACUGUAUUCCAGACAGGGUCCCUGCUGACUAGCAAUGGUGGAAAUACACAUUAAUGGUGCUUGGAGAAAGUGAGGACUGUAGAUACUGGAGAUCAGAGUGUAGUGCUGGAAAACCACAACAGGUCAGGCAGCAUCUGAGCAGCAGGAGAAUCGACGUUUUGAGCAUAAACCCUUCCGUCAGGAAUGAGGCUUGUGGGCUGGGGGUUGAGAGAUAAAUGGGAGCAGAGGGGAGUGGGAUGCGGAUAUCUGAGAAACCAAAGGCAGAUGAUGGUGAGGGAGGAGGGGGAUGUUGGAGCAGAUAGAUGGGAAAGGUGAUGAACAGGUCAGGAGAACGGUUUGGGACAGGGAUAAUGUGGGGGGAGGGGAAAUGAGCAAACUGGAAAUCCACAUUUAUCCCGUGUAUCAUAUUCCGGCUUGGGACCCUGCAACCAUGUGGGAUAAAUAUGGAUUUCCACAGUUCCCUCAUUCCAACCGCCCCCCGCCCAUCAAUGAUCCCUGUUCCAAGCCUCCAACUUGGCGCUGCCCUCCUGAUCUCUCCAUCACUUUUCCCAUCUGUCUGCUGCAACCACCCCCCACCGGGCCUAUCACUUUCUCCCUCACCUUCGUUAUCGCUUUCCCACUUACAUUGGCCUCCACCCGGCCCACAUGCCUCAUUUCCUGAUGAAGGACUUAUGCCCGAAACAUUGAUUCUCCUGCUGCUAAGAUGCUGUCUGACCUGCUGUGCUUUUCCAGCACCACAAUGUCAACAUUAAUAGUGCUCAUCAACCACUGAGAUUGACCUUUGGAUUGUUUUAACAGGAUUUUUUUAAACUUCUGUUCUUUAUUUUGGAUUUUGAUAUACAAGAUCAGAGAGAGUAGAAUACAGUAGUGCCAUUGUUUUAAGCUGUUGAGUCACAUUUACUGGACUGUCUCACGUGCUUUCCAAUAACAUAAACCCAAGGUGAGAAAAU